GUUACAAUGGAAUAUGUGAGCACUUGGUUUAUUGCACUGAGCGUAAGUUCUCUUGGUCAACCGUUUUGUUUGGUGAACAUAAAUAUUUACCGUUUACCAUGGUUUAACUCCUGUAAUUAAUUGCUUUCUAUUUUAGGUGCUGUCUCAGAACAUUUUGCUUUCUGAGAGUGCUCAUCUUAAAAUUGGUGUUCCAGAAAACUAUGAUGGUAUUUUCCCAUGGUACCUCACCAAGUUGCCAGAUCUCCCUCUGACCUAUUCUGAUCUGACUGUAAAUGGUGAUGAUGAAGGGAUUUUUGGUGUGGAGUCAGGUUUUCUGUAUGCCCUUAAACCUCUGGACCGAGAAAAACAGCCAUCUUACUCCUUACAGGUGUCCUUCACAAAGUCCAUGCACACUCAGAGCUUCACCGUAGAGGUGUGCGUCAUCGAUAAGAACGACAACGUACCGGUGUUCCUGGAAGAGAGCAUGAGAGGCAGCGUGCAGCUGGGUCUUCUCAAAGGUAUCCCGUUCAUGCAGGUGGAAGCGCUGGACCGAGACGACCGAAACACUGCCCACGCAGACCUGCGCUUUAGUCUUCUGGACCAGAUACCGCGCAUCCCUGCCAGCCACAUGUUCUCAAUCGACUCCAUCACUGGAGAAGUGUCCCUCACAGAAGAUGGUGCUUCAACAUUGGAUCCAGAGAUGUGUGGCCGCUACAAGCUCUCUGUAAUGGUGCAGGACAUGGCAGGCAAGGCCAAUGCUUUCUUCUCCACUGGAACUGUGCUGGUGGAAGUGACUGGGAAUGCAUGGGCCUCUCCAGACCCUGUGAGGCUGCAGGAGAAUCUGCCUGGACCAUAUCCCAUCCCAAUCUCACAGGUGAAGUGGAGCGGGAGUCCGGUUGAGUAUAGUCUUGAGGGAGAGUUUCCAGAAAUGCUCUUCACUAUCAACAGAGAAGGGAUCAUUUACCUGAAUGCUCCUCUGGACAGAGAAACACAAGACCAGUUUCACAUUGACAUAGUGGUGGAGAGGCCAGAUGGCAGAGAGAUUGCUAAGCCUGUGGAGCUGAGAGUGAUGGUGGGCGACGCCAAUGACAACAGACCCACUUUUCCACAGAUGCAGUACCACACUGUGGUCAAAGAGCUGGCAACUAAAGGUCACACACACACACAUUAAA